AUGUCGGACCUCAGCCCAUGGGCACCCUUUGCAAUAACGCAGGGCCACCUGCAGGGCCAAAGAGAAAGGAGGAGCACAAUUCAGGCUGACGGAGAAGGUGCUUUCUUCCUGCAGCCCUCGAAGAAACCAGAUUCCCAGGAUAGAGGGCAUCAGCUUGGAUGCCAUCCACUUGGCCGACUCAGGAGAUUCGUCAACCAAGUGUUCAUGCCAGUUGAUUUUCCAUCUUCCGUCACUGAGAGCUACUUGACCUUCAUCCAAUACACUGCUUGCCAGUUGCUCUGUAGCCACAUGUCGAAGAUAAUCGCCACACAGGCCAUGCUCCUUGCUUUGGGAGUCGGAGGUCCAGAGACGAUCCCGAUGGCGGCUGUUACCGCCUGGGUGCUGAAGGAUGGCAUUGGGCAUCUUCUUGCCAUAGUUGUAGGCACCCUCAUCAACAGGCGUUUCGACUCAGACCCAAAGCGAUUCCGCUUCCAGGCAAUGAUGAUGGCCAAGUCUGCAGACCUGCUUUGCAUUCUCACCUUGCAGUGGCCCGGGUGCUUCUUCGCCCUGUCUGCCCUGGGGGGUGCUCUGGGCAGGCUGAGCAUGAACACAGGCCAAGCAUCACGCCCAAAGGUCUUGGACACUUUUGCCAGGGCUGGCAACCUUGGAGACAUCAUGAGGUGCAACAAUGCGCAGACUACGGCAGCUGAACUGCUGGGGACGGGGCUCGGCGCUUGCUGGGGACUUCUCCUUGGUACCGAAGUUCGCCUGCUCAUUUCUGGUAGUGCUCUGUUGUCCCUGGCCUCCUUGAUAUGUUGUUACCAGGCCACUACUGUGGUAAAGAUGUCGUCCCUCAAUCGGCAAAGGGCCGAGCUGGUGCUCAUGGCAGCAGUCAAGCAGAUUUGUAAGCUUCAGCAGCAGGGGGCAGAUCUGGACCCCAGGCAGCAGUCUGUUAUUAUCCCAUCCCCAGAAGAGAUACGGCACCGCGAGGUCUUCGUCCUCUUAUACAGCUCACCUGGUGACAUAGAGGUGAACCCUGCUGUCACCACCUCCUACCAGCUCCUCACGCUGCCAGAUCCCACGUCCAAAUACUUGCUGGGCUGUUCGCGGGGACGGCUUGCAAUUUGGUACCAUGUGGAGGCCGCAGCACAUGAAGUGCUGCAAGGUUUCUUUCAUUCUCAGCUGCUGCUAGUUUUGGCAGAAGCGUCCGGCAAGGAUGAUGGCACGAAUGGUGACUUUGUAAAAGCAAGCGCCCUGGCUGCCGACUUGGCCCAGCAAUGGUGGGCAUCGGUCUAUGGCGCUCUGCUUUCGCAGGGGUGGCAAACAGAUAUGGUUUUCCUGGAUGCACGGAACAAGCGGGUUCGCAUUGACAAAAAGACACCUGUGUAG